UCAUCGUGUUUCUAUAAAUAUAAGCAAACCCACACACACAUAUUCACAUCUCUCUUCUCUUGUGUUCUUCCUUCUUAUCAUUUAGAAUUUGCUUUUAACGUAAAAUGGUUAGCGCGACAGUUGCAAGAAACAUUGCCGGCAUUUUUGGAAAUGUCAUCUCCUUGUUCUUGUUCCUCUCUCCCAUACCAACAUUCAUAACAAUAUACAAGAUGAAGAAGGUGGAGGAAUACAAAGCCGACCCGUACUUAGCCACCGUGCUGAAUUGCGCAUUAUGGGUCUUUUAUGGCUUACCCAUAGUCCAUCCAGAUAGCCUUCUUGUGAUCACUAUUAAUGUCACUGGUCUGGCCAUUGAACUCUUCUAUCUCUCAGUCUUCUUCUACUUUUCUCCCACCCAACGCAAGGUGAAAGUGGGGAUAUGGCUGAUAGGAGAGAUGGUGUUUGUAGGAAUAGUAGCCACAUGCACAUUGCUAUUGUUCCACACACAUAACCAGAGAUCUACUUUUGUUGGAAUCAUUUGUGUCAUUUUUAUUAGCAUCAUGUAUAUUGCUCCUCUCACCAUCAUGAGUAAGGUGAUCAAAACCAAAAGUGUGAAGUACAUGCCGUUCUCUCUCUCACUUGCCAACUUUCUGAACGGAGUCAUUUGGAUUAUUUAUGCCCUUAUUAAAUUCGAUCUUUUCAUUUUGAUUGGAAAUGGACUAGGAACAAUAUCAGGAGUAGUACAGCUUAUACUAUAUGCUUGUUAUUACAAGACAACACCAAAAGAUGAAGAAGAGGACAAUCUUUCUAAGGCUAACUUGCAACUCAGUGGUAACGAGGAACAUGCAAAGCGAGUUUCAGCUUGAUUACAUCUUGGAUUAAUCAAAUAUUCAAUUGGUUUUCUUUUUCUAAUUUAAGCUUUCGUGUGAUUUAUCUAAAAGUACUAAGAUGCGAUAUUAUAUUUAGUUCUCAAUCUGUGAAAGUCAAACUCCUUUUUCGUCUAAGAAAGAUAUUAACUAGCACAUGCUACAGAUAUAAA